CAGCCAUUAGACUGUACAUCGGGAAACUCUCGCCAUGGAAAUACAAGACAUCACGGACAGGUCUCCCGGGACUGUUCAGGAACGUGAUGGUGAUCUCGGCUGCUGUGGUUACAUCCUCGUGUUCCUGUCCGGGUGUCUGGUCAUCCUGUUAUUUCCAUUUUCAUUAAUUGGUUCCAUCAAGGUGGUACGGGAGUACGAGAAAGCUGUCAUCUUCCGGCUUGGCCGUGUUGUUUCGGGCGGGGCAAAGGGACCAGGACUCUUCUGUCUACAUCCAUGCAUCGAUGACUUCAAGAAAGUGGACAUGCGUACGCUCAGCUUUGACAUUCCCCCUCAGGAGAUCUUGUCGAAGGAUUCGGUGACAGUGGCUGUGGAUGCUGUAAUCUACUGUUAUAUAUUUGACGCCGUGAUGUCCGUGUGUAAUGUACAGAACGCAUUCGAGUCCACAAAGCUUUUGGCUGCCACCACGCUGAGAAAUGUCUUGGGCACCAAGAAUAUGGCAGAAAUGUUGUCGGAUCGGGAUUCUAUUACACAACACAUGAAGCAAAUUCUAGACGUUUCUACAAAACCCUGGGGAGUGACUGUUGACCGAAUCGAAAUAAAGGAUGUGAAGCUGCCACGCCAGCUUCAACGUGCUAUGGCGGCGGAGGCCGAGGCGUCCCGAAAUGCCCGUGCAAAGGUUAUAGCCGCUGAAGGAGAACACAAUUCCUCCCGAGCUCUGAAGCAAGCCUCCGACAUUAUCGCCCAAUCUCCCGCAGCCAUACAGCUCCGGUACUUACAAACACUCAACACCAUUGCAAGCGAAAAAAAUUCUACCAUAGUAUUCCCACUUCCGGUGGACAUCACCAGCUCUCGACUAAACUACUGACAUUGGGUUCCUGUAUUUCACUUUACUGCAUUUUGACAUGUUUUAGGGAGUAGUAUUUAUUUUUGGAGUUUUUACAUAGGUAUAAUGUAGAUAAGGUCUUAGUAGCAGUACAUACAACACCUGUGGUGUUAGUCACAGUACAUAAAACACCUGUGGUGUUAGUCACGGUACAUACAACACCUGUGGUGUUAGUCACGGUACAUACAACACCUGUGGUGUUAGUCACGGUACAUACAACACCUGUGGUGUUAGUUACGGUACAUACAACACCUGUGGUGUUAGUCACGGUACAUACAACACCUGUGGUGUUAGUCACGGUACAUACAACACCUGUGGUGUUAGUAGCAGUACAUACAACACCUGUGGUGUUAGUUACAG